AUGGGAGCAGGUGUCAAUGGGCAUGUCGCAUCUUUACACAGCAAGGGUGACGUCUCCCCGGUAGCGUCAGAUCGGUCUCCCGCCAUGGCCUGGGCUGUGCCGACUGAGAUCCCUAAUUACCAGCCCCCUUUCCGACCUACCCUCCCCACACAACAAUCUAGCUCUCUCCCGUCUACUCCUUACCAACUCCCUCGUGACCUCUCUUUUCGAUCCAGAUCCCCUUCACCACACCGCGGCAGUAUAUCUCCCAGAUCUGCGCAUUCCGAAUUCAACCAUACCCUGCCCGCCGUCCGGAAAGAAUAUGGCGGGGGCUGCAAGUAUGAGACGGGCAUGGCCCAUUUCAGAAGGCGGAUGCCAUACUCCCUUGGCAGUGACAUGCUCCCGGACGAGCCUGGACCGCUAAAGGAGAAGCUUGAGCCCGAAAAGGAGGUAAAGCUGAGUAGGGACAUCAAGGAGCUCUACCAGAAGCUAUUACCGUCUCCAGAAAGUGAAGAGAGAAGGGUGAAGUUUGUGCGGAAGCUCGAAAAGUUGCUGGACACUCAAUGGCCUGGCAACCAGAUAAAGGUCAAUGUUUUUGGCUCUUCAGGGAACAAACUUUGCACAAGCGAUUCUGAUGCCGACUUUUUGGCCAAGAGUGAGCACUCCUCCUUAUUCUACUCUUCUUCAACAAGGCCUUUCUUCGCUAAUUCUUCGUAUACAGGCGGAAUGGAGCGAGUUGUCUGUGUGUCACACGCAAAGGUUCCUAUUGUAAAAAUAUGGGAUCCAGAACUGCAGGUGGCUUGUGAUAUGAACGUCAACAACACACUAGCACUCGAGAACACGCGGAUGAUUAAGACGUACGUCGAACUCGAUGACCGAAUUCGGCCGUUGGCAAUGCUAGUGAAACAUUGGACCAAACGGCGCAUCCUUAAUGAUGCUGCGCUUGGAGGCACACUUAGCUCAUACACCUGGAUAUGUCUCAUCAUCAACUUCCUACAAACACGAAUACCGCCCAUCGUUCCGAGCCUCCAGAAACGGGUUGCCCAGUCAGAAGGUUCAACAGAUGGUUCCUCCAUAACCUCUACCACAUCAUGUACCUCCACAUAUUCCUCGUUCGAUGAUGAUGUCGAAAAGCUCGGCGGGUUCGGUGACGAUAACAAGUCGACACUAGGCGAGCUAUUGUUUCAAUUCUUCCGCUACUAUGCCCACGAGGUUGACUACGAGAAGAAUGUCAUGUCGGUUCGUCAUGGAAAACUAAUAUCGAAAGAAGAGAAAGGGUGGCAUCUUCUACAAAACAAUCGUUUAUGUGUCGAGGAACCGUUCAACACUUCAAGGAAUCUAGGCAAUACCGCUGACGAUACAUCUUUCCGUGGUCUCCAUCAGGAGCUAAGAAGAGCUUUCAAGGCAAUCUCCGAAGGCAAUCUGGAUGAAUGCUGUGAGCAGUACGAAUACCCACCAGAGGAAGAACGAGUCUGGGAGCGUCCAGCACCCCAACCACGUCCCGUUAUCACCCCCGUGCCACCAGCCCAUUCAAAUACCCGUGGAGGCAGAGGUGGAGGAAGGGGAGGACGGAAUCAAAAUCACUACAACAAUCGUGGAUCGCAUGGAGGCCGACGGGCAUCCAGUGCUGCCAACAGAUCAAAUAUGGCUCGGCACCAAAAUGCGGCCUUUGCUGCGGAAAUUGCCUUGCAGGCGCAACAGGCGCAACAUGCACAGUACUUACUGCACGAUCAUCUCUACCAACAGAUUCAGAUCCUCCAGGCACAGGAACAGGAAUUGCGCAUGAAGCAAGCUAUGAUAAGUAGUCGCGGCAACGCCUCGUUACUGCGCCAACAAUACAUCCAAUUCCCGAUGGUCCCCCAGCAGGACAGCGGUUCGCCCGACGAAAACUCCCAAAAUCGAGCAAACAUUAUGCAUGGCCAGGGACCCCUUACAACCCCUGUCCGACAGAACAUCUUUUUCAGCCCUUCCUUUGUUACCCCCGUCAACGUUGCGGCACCACAGCCACAACCACAACAACCUCCAUCAAAUACGACAAAUCCCCCCUCCCCAUCUCCAUCUACCGUGACGCCAGAUACCCGCCGAAACCACCGACGGUCAUCAAUCACUAAUAGCUCUCCGAGAAGUAGUCUAAGGGCCCAGUCUCAGCCUGCCCGGCCAAUAUCAGCCUGUGUACCAAACAACUUCAGCACGUUCUACGCAACUGCCAUGGCCCAACCAGAAGCACAAUAUGUCCAGCAGCAGAGUGCCCGACAGUCACCGGAUUCGCCUCAACGCACUCCAACAGAAAAGGACUACGGCUUCCCUGCCACAGGACCGUACUUCGUGAAAACAGGCCCAGUUGACGAAAAUGGUAUCUCGCCAGAGUACAUAAGUUACUAUGUUGGGGACUCACCCCAGACUCAAGGUACUUAUAGCCGGCGUUCCAUGGCAUCAUCGUAUCCAGGUCACGCUGGACUUGCCAUUCGCAAUACCGGGCUGUAUAAUAUAUUUUAUACCCCGACGGAAUACCGACCCAUUCCAAUGCCAACCUUUGACCAGUCAAAUAUACCCCUGGAACAGCUGGAUCACAUGAACGUCCACACUCGAGUACCUCAGCAGCAACACUAUCAUCAGCAAGCUACACAGCCAAAAACCCAUUCAGGCCAGGGUCCAUUGAUAAUUGACGGGUCCAUCCCUGCGAACGACUUCCGUCGCCAAUCUACCCAAGAUGAGCAUAGCGAACAGUUCUUCACCCCGCAGCAUUCAUCCGUUCACAGUCAACGAACGUCUCGACAAGAUACGCCGAAUAACGGGUCUAGAGAACCAUCUCCAACUGAGCAAUUAGUUUAUGACGAGGCUGAUUCGGUUUUUGGCACGCCACAUCAUGAGACCCAACAGCAUCAUCCACAACUUAAUGGGUGGACGCAAAACAUCAGAACUAGCAAUAAGCCCGCCAUCAAUGACCACAUCGGCAGGCUAGAAACAUUGUCAGAGCAAUUGCAGCGUUUCCAGCUUUCCGAUCCAGCAUACUUACCUCAUGUGGAUGCAAGUCAGCUCGUCAAAGAAAAUGGCAUUCAUACCCACGAACAGCACCACCACGCCAAUGGGAGCGGAAAUGGCAAUGGCAAUGGAAACGGAGUACAUAAUGCGCCCGUACAAUCGCAAAAGCCAGCCACGAAUCCAAAGGCUGCUCCUGCCAAAGAAACUGGGCGCGGCUCUUCCCCCACCGUGAAACGGCGUGGUAAUGGCCCUGGAGCUGACACAGAGCACCACCCGAAUGGCGUAUCGCAAAAACAAAAACCAAGAUGGCAUUCUGUUAGCGGUAUAGCCUCCUCGGCCAUUCCUAAUGCUACCGAGAGUAGGGAAUCUCCGAAGCCCAACGGCGUUCACACAAACAUGAAACCUGUUUCGAAUGGCGGCGGUCAUGACCACACCUCCACUUCCAAUACCAACAACGGUGGCAACGGAGGCUGGCAAACCACGACAACCAAAAAGAAGAACAAGAAGGGGGCAAACAAACCGGCAACUGGAGCAGAACCGCUUCCUGCCGACGAAUCGCUAAGAAAAGGCGGAUGA